AUGGAUUUGAAUUUUGUGUCAGAAAUAAUUUCUGUUGCUAGUGAAACAGAGUUGAAGCAUCUUCAAGAUUCUAUUCAAAAUGUUUCUGAGCAAGCUAGUUUACUUAAGAUGAAUAUCAAAGAUCAAAUGGAUGAUGAUUAUCACAAAUUGUUGCCAAUCAUUAAGGAAAACAGUGAAGUUAUCCGGCAAGUUGAUGAAUUAGUGGAGGAUAUCAAGGGAUUACAUAUACGUUUAGAAACGCAGACUAAACGUGAUGUUGAAGACUUGGCAGAAGAGCUGAAGCAUUCAAAAGAGUCACUUAUUGAAGCUACAACUAUUGUUGAAGUAGUUGGUAAACUUGUUCAUAUUGACAAAGACCUUAAAGAGGCCAAAGUUAAAGCUAAAAAUAAUAACUAUUAUGGUGCUGCUAAACAUAUUGAUUCAGCUUGCAAGUAUCUUAAUGAACAAUGUAAAGAUCUCGACUUCUUAGACAUGUAUAAAAGUCUUACACAAACCAUGGCUUAUUAUCGCGAUGAGUAUAGCAGGGACUCACUAGCUGAAUGGAGAAAGUCUAUUAAAUGGACUCAUAUUGAUGGAGAUAUGGAAAAUGAAAAGUUAUAUACAUCUUUGACAAUAUCGGGGGAAAAAGCUCACCUUGAAAAUUUGAUCAAAACUUUAGAGCUUUUUGAUGUGUCUGACAAAGAAGUUGCUACUUUCAGUGAUAACUUUUUGAAAUCAUUUCUUUUACCAAUCAUCAGAACUGAAAGUAGUCUGUCCUUAAAAAAAAAGAAUGGCACAACCUUGCAAGAAAUAGUUAUUUCAAGUUCUUCUAAACCAAAAAAAACUGCAUAUACUGUUGUCUUAGGAAAUCUUACCUCAACAUUUGAGUUUAUUAAUGAAUGUUUAGGAGUCAAUAUGCAUGAAAAAUCAUUUGUUUCAUACAUAGGUGAAUAUAUAGCUGAUGAUUUUUUGAAUACUUUAGUCGAUGAAUGUCUGACUGAUGCUAUACCCUCCAAAAGAGAACAUUCAAAGAAUUGUACUCCUGUCAUUGAAUCUAUUCAAGCUUUUCAGGAGCUCCUCAACUCUAUAGGUUUUCUACCUCCCUCAAAUAAAUUAUUGGACAACUAUUUUGGUAAUGUUGAUAUGUUAUUUCUUAAUAAAACUAUCGAAAAGUAUUUAGAAACUGCUAGGCAACUUAUGAAAGCUGAUCUGCAUGAACUGAUCGAAGUUGGAAUCGAACCAUUACCCCAAAUUGAUGGUACAAUCAAAGUUGAGCAAUCUACAAAUAAAAGUGUAACAAUUGAAAAUGUGACAUUCAGUUUGAACGAGUUGAGCCCAAAUUUUUUUCAGUUUCCAAAAUGUUCUGUAAGUAAAUCAGUAGAAAGUCUUAUAGAUCAUAUUGAAGUUAUAUUAUCAGAUGCAAUAGAUUCUGAUGGACCUACUUGCCUUAAACUGUUUCAACUUGCUCGAGGUAUUGUUGAGCUGUAUAGUGAUGUUGUUCCUAUGUACCACAGCGAUCUCCUGAUUGAGAUACCUCAGUACGCAGCAAUCGUUCAUAACAACAUGAUGUACUUGGCUCAUCGAACUAUGACUAUGGAGUAUGACAAAAAACCAUAUGUAUCUGCUGAUAAUGUUCAAGUUAUGCCUUGCUUUGCUGAUCUGGUCAUCCCACUGCGUAAGGAAGCCAUUAAUGUUCUAUCUGAGCAAAUUCAUUUGCAAGAAAAGAAUCUAUCAGAAAUGGUUAAAGAGUGUGGACUAUCUUCUCUAAGUGAAUAUGAAGAACUGCCUGAGGGCACAGAAAGAGGGGUGAGAAAGUGUCUUCGGCAUUUGUUUCUUCUCAAGACUGUUUGGGAAAAAAUUUUAGUUGCAAAUGUAUACUCAGAAAUAAUCGGAACAUUAAGCAACGUUUUUGUAAAGGAGAUUACAAAUCGUAUCGUAAUGACAAGAGAUAUCAGAGCUAAUGUAGCUACAUCCUUAGCCAAAGUCCUCUCUGUAAUUGAGACAGAAUUGCCUUUGCUAUUUCAAGAUCCAACUGAGGUCAUUCAUCAAGUAAAGUGUUGGAGUAGGUUCAAGGAAUUAAUACGAGUAUUAGGAGCAUCACUAGCAGAAGUAGGAGAAAGGUGGGCAGAUGGCAAAGGUCCGUUAGCUGUUGACUUUACUGCUGAAGAAAUUCGGCAGAUGGUGAAGGCUUUGUUUCAAGUAUCAGACAGGAGAGCUGCCAUACUUUCUCGUAUCAAGUGA